AUGAAAAAAAUCCUACCGACUUUCGUGUGUGUACUUUUUGUGCAAAUUUGCCACUCCCAACGAAGAAUUAAAGAUGGAGAACCGUUACAAGUCCAUAAGAAAUAUGCGGUAUACCUAACAAAGGCACCUCUGUCUCCGCAAAAGUACGAUUUUUGGAUCUGCGGUGGCGCUCUAGUGACACCCUGGUUUGUGGUGACGUCAGCAGCGUGCGUCGAAGAUGUGCGACAUAUGUACGUGAUCGCCGGCUAUAAUAAGUACGUGAAACCCAACGAAUUGAACAACGAUAGAUGUACGAAGACAAAGAAGAAGAAAGUGGUUUUCACGUGUGUUCCUAAGACGUACGAUUUGGACUACGCCAAGAUAGAAAAGUGGUCGUUCGUCGAUAUAGCGGUAGUCAAAGUAGAAUCUGCCUUCAGUUUGAACGACGAAACCUACCUGACAGAUUGUACUUAUGCACCAGCACCAAUUUCUAUUAACUACGAACCCAGAUACCAAGAGGCUGGAAUCGAUGCUAUUGUGAUGGGUUGGGGACAUUUGCAUAAGUGGAGAAAAACCAAAGACCGCACUGACUACAACCAAGAUACAAUCCAAUACGCCCCCACCAGAAUCUACGACAAGAGUAGAUGCAAAGAGCAUUAUUCCGAUGAAAUGGGAAAGAUAAUAGACAAGUACAUGAUUUGUACGUACGCGGCUGGGAACUUGGAUGACAGGGGAGAGAUUAUUAGGAAGACACCGCCGGCUGAUGGAUGUGUGUACCAGAAAGUACUGAUCGAUGGUGUGGAGUAUUUACAGUGUGUCAAUGGUGACGAAGAAGAAGUAAUUGAUGAAAAUGAUGAGACGAGAAGGAAGUUGACAAACAUCACUGUACUUGGUAAUCGUACCAUUCAUACAAGACGUCAUGGAAUAUGUCAGAAUGACCACGGCGGCCCACUAGUGACGUGGGUGGGUUCUCGCGAGGUCUUAAUCGGAAUCGCGUCCGUGUUCCGUGUGACAGAGAGUCUGGAGUGCGAGGGUCCUUACUUAUUCACGAGCACUCAGUGUAACGGGGUUUUUCUGGAUUGUAUCAUAAACGAAGCUGGCAGAGGAGGAAGAAGGCAGUGUAAUUUACCGGCUCGCGAAAGAGGCUUUGAUAUAGUGGAACGGAAAAUUUCUUGGAUCAGUCAUCCAGAUGGACCGGCGGAAAACGAGAGAAUAGAAAGGAUACGAUUGCGGCCGCAAAUACCUAUAGAUCGAUUUGGAUAA